GUUGCAUACCACGAUCAAGGUUUCUGGAUGAAUGCAAAGUACGGAACUGCUCGUGUCUCUGAUUUUUCCGCUCAGGAACGCUGUCUUCCUCCAAUGAUACGACUGCACCCCGAACCAAUGCUUCUCGACCCCAGUACUUCACCAGCAUGGCCGACUCCAAAAUCUCCAAAUCUCAAUCUGGUGUAUAUUGCCAAUUGCUGGGCACCCGAGCGUGUUCGACGUCCACGGGUACUUGAAAGCAAGACUUGCCUGCAUUGUUGAGUCUAUUGUAGUUGUUUUCAUUGCGUGCGCUGUACGUGACAUCGAACCUACAAUGUUUACAUUCAAGGGUUUCCUGGUGGCCGCCUGCAUUGCCUCCACGUCUGCUGUACACAUCGAGGUCGCCUUGUCUGGCGGCAACGUGACCGGCAAAUUCGGGCACCCUUACGGCUACGGCUUCCUCCACGAGGAUAUCAACUACUCUGGAGAUGGCGGUCUCUAUGCUGAGCUCAUCCGCAAUCGUGCCUUUCAAUCCAGCCCGCAAUACCCCGUCAGCACAGAUGCUUAUGCUCCUAUCGGCAAUGCCAAGCUCAGCAUUGCCAACCUGAGUGCACCACUAUCAGAUGCUCUCCCGUCUUCUCUGCGCGUGUCAGCCGAAGAUGACAGUGGCCAGAUUGGCUUCCAGAACGAGGGCUACUGGGGCAUGGAUGUGAGACGACAGAAGUAUACCGGUUCGUUCUGGGUCAAGGGAGACUACACCGGCUCCUUCACCGCAUCUCUUCAGUCCAAUUUGACAGAUGAUGUCUUUGGCUCUGUCGAGAUCAUGUCUCACGCUGUUGCCGACGACUGGAUCGAGCAUGCAUUCGAAUUGGUACCAGAAAAGGAUGCUCCAAACUCCAACAAUACCUUCGCUAUCACUUUCGACUCAACAGGCACCCCCAACGGCACAUUGGACUUUAACUUGAUCAGUCUGUUCCCUCCGACAUUCAAGAAUCGCAAGAAUGGUCUGCGUGUCGACAUUGCACAAGCUCUGGCAGACAUGAAUCCUCAUUUCUUGAGAUUUCCUGGCGGUAACAUGCUGGAAGGAAACACCAACGCUACGCGUUGGGACUGGAAGGACUCUUUGGGGCCGCUGAGAUAUCGACCUGGUUUCCCGGGCGUAUGGAGCUAUCAGCAGACUCAUGGUCUCGGCCUGGUCGAAUACCUUGAAUGGGCACAAGAUAUGAAUCUUCAGAUUGUGCUUGCGGUCUGGUCAGGUCUCGCCCUCGACGGUGGAAUCACUCCGCGAGACGACCUCCAGCCGUUUAUUGACGAUGCAUUGGACGAAAUCGAGUUCGUCUGCGGCUCCGUAGACACGCCUUGGGGCGCGCGGCGAGCUGAGCUUGGCCAUCCUGAGCCCUUCGAGCUCAAUUAUGUCGAGAUUGGGAACGAGGAUUGGCUCGAAGGCGGCGAUGAAGGUUGGGACAGCUAUAGAGAGUACCGCUUUCCUCUAUUCUAUGAAGCAAUCAAAGCAAAAUAUCCCGACAUCCAGAUUAUCGCCUCAGCGGCAACGAGCGAUCCAGCGCCAGAAGGCGAAACCAGUGGCCCCAACAUUACACAUGGACUUGUGUUUCCCAAGGAUGCAAUGGGCGACUACCACCCCUACCGCGAACCAGAUGAGCUUAUCGACGAGUUCGACAGAUUCGAUAAUGACAUAAGCCACAUCAUAGGAGAAGUUGCGGCGACACACGUCAACGGUGCUACGCCGCCACGGUGGGAGGGUGGUUUGUACAAGUAUCCGUGGUGGAUCGGCGCCGUAGGCGAAGCAGUGUCGCUCAUCGGCUACGAACGCAACUCGGAUCGCAUACCCGGCUCAUUUUACGCUCCUGUCUUGAAGAACGAAAAUAAAUGGCAAUGGGCCGUCACUCUCAUUCAAUUCGCUGCAGACCCCAAGAUGACCACCAAAGCAGUCACCUGGUACUGCUGGUCUCUCUUUUCUCAUCAUCCGAUAUCUCAUACGCUACCAACGACGUCGAACUCCAGCUACGGUCCAGUCUAUUGGGUCGCUGGGAAGGAUGAGGCUCGGGGAGGCGCUCUGGUCUGGAAAGGAGCAGUUUACAAUACGACGAAUGGCGACAGUGUGGCGCUCUCUGUCCAUUUUGACAAAGUGGCACCAGGCACUCUCGCGAACUUGACUGUGCUGACCAACUCGGUUGGCGACCCAUAUGCGUAUAACGAUCCCCACACAGGAGUCAAUAUCGUCAACACAACAACGAGCCUUGUGACUGCUAAUGCUAAAGGCGCCUUUUGCUUCUCGUUGCCGGAGCUAAGCGUUGCCGUACUGGACACUGAUCCCGCAGGGGUGUCGAGUGACAGCUAUAAUUCGGCAAAGGUGCCUUGGAAGAGAUCGCUACUAUAGGGGCGUGGAUGCGAGGCACUUCAGGAGCAGAUUCGCAGCGACUGAUGUUGAAUGAUCGGUCUUGGUUCAAUUUUACAUUCUCAGUCUUGUUAUCGCGUCUUCUGACGCCUACCUGAGUUCCCAAGAUCUCGUUGCAAGUUUCUAGGGCCAAGGAAUAUAGUUCUUUCCGGAGUUUCCUGUGACAUCGCAUCAACUAGGGCGCUUCCUUCGAGCAGGCUCGCUCUGCUGAGCAAACCCCUUUUAGGAACGCGGAGAGGGCAUCGCAUCGCUACUCUAAAUACUACAAACCUACCUACCC